AUGUUGGCUUCUACGGCCGGAGGAAAUGAUGCCAAAACUCCUGCUUUAUCUCUGCUACCGUCCGAGUUGCUUCAUGAAAUCCUGGGUGCUGCAGAUUUAGCAUCCAGCACCUUGUUCACGCUGGCACUAUCGUCAAGAUCCUUUUACCAUACAGCUUUAAGCCUCUAUCUCGCGAAAAUAGGCUGCCCGCACCCACGGGAAAGGAUCACACUUGCCCCUCCGAGCACCACAGACAGGUGCUUUGAUGCCCUCACUGCAUUGCGUCUCCCCUUCUUCGUCGACGAAACCGAGGAACUGGUCUUCAUUUCGCAUAGCAUGGAUGACCCGUUCUUACACCAUAUCGCCAGACUGCAGUCUACCCUUGGAAGACUUCGGCGCUUUCGUCGGGUGGUUCUGAAGUGGAAAGGACGAAGAAUCAGCGGCCCUCCCCCAUCGCAGCUUUCAAGCGUCUAUCCGGCGCUCGGCCUGCUCCUCAACACCAUUCUCGAGAAAGGGUGCGAGUCAUUGGAAAUUCAUGGCUUGAAUUGGACGUCGGAUGAAUGUCAAUGCAUACCCGUAUUUCCAUCCAAGUCCGUUCUCACUACAGCGGUCUCGUCCGUCCGGAGGAUCCUGGGACUAAAGCAGGCCUUCGACUCAAAUGAGUCUGUCCUGGAUGGGAGAUACUGGAAGUACAGAGUAUCCCCAGGAAAGACGCCACUCCCCAUGAUCACUUUAUCCACAUCUGCGCGAGAGAAGACCUGCCUUCGAACGCUCACCAUCGACUCGUACGCCAUGUGGACACCUCCACUCCUUCAAUGGCUUUAUUCAACCCUCCUUACCUCCCCUGUCGAAGAGUUGAAAUUGGCCAACUUCCAACUCGAGGAUCAAUUAAACCUCAGUUGGUUUGUUGCCAGUUCUCUAUUCUCCGAGGCAGCUCCACAUCUAAAGCGCCUGGGAUUGGGGGAGUUCUACUAUCCUUCCAUCGAGGAGCUGAAUAAAUGGGUUAGCUCGUUCCAGCAGUUAACCUCCCUCACUAUUGACAAACUUGAUCUCCCCUGGUACGCCGGGCUUCGUCGCCCUGCAUUCUCCGUCCUCGAAUCCUGCCCUGCGCUUCCCAACCUAGAGGAACUCAGGGUUGACGGAACAUGGUUUGCGAACACCUUCAAAGCCUUCACCGAAGCCGAUUUCCCAAAUCUUCGGCGUCUCACUAUCGUCACCCGUCUCCUGCACCUCUCUUCCGGAACAAGUGUCGAUCCUUUCGUAGUCGCACUCAAACGAGUGGCCGUGGUCCAUGCAAAGGAACAAAACCGUUUUACAAUCACGAUGGAAUGGGUUGCCGCCGAUGUCGGCAUGUUUUACGCCUGGACAGUAACUGUGGGCACCCAGAUUUUAGGUGAUUGGGUCGCCUGCAUCUCUCAUCUGGUGUUGAGAUUGGGCAGGUCUCAAACCUUCACAAUCUCAUCACGCCGAACGAGUGAGGCUGGACCUCCUGCUGCAUUUUCACUCUUCCUCGCUCGUUUCGUGAACGCUGGGCCCCUGCAAAUUAUUAGCAUGGAUCGAGAGGAAGUCUCUUAG